AUGGGCGCAGAAGCAGAAGUGUCAGAAGGCCCUGCUGCCAAAGAUGGUGACCCGAGACUUGUCCAAGUCGCCCCACGGGGGGACAUCGUUCUCGACGUGACCUUUGGAACAUCCCCAGAGACACUCAAGAAGUGUCGCAAAGCAGCACAGGCGGCCGCCAAGAAGAGGGGCCCCAGCAAUCGUCCCGAGUCGCUGAUCGUGGCACAGCCCGCCUUCCAUGCAAAAGUCAGGGUGGCAUAUCGGGCCAGCCUCGGUGCCCUGAUGAAGCACUCCAAAUACUUUGCCAACCUGCUCUCCAACCCUCACUUUCAAGAGUCGAAGCUCAUCACGGAUGCGCAUGCUCGGAUUGCCUCCCAGGACCGUGAGCCCAAGGACGUUGAAGCGAGCGAGCUUCCCUGGAUCCCAAUCGCGGACGAUGACGAGGCUACCGGGAUGGCGGGGCGUGAGUCCAUCUUCGAGGACUUGCUCCUCAUCCUCCAUGGCAAAUCGCCAAAGGCCACCCACGCAACCAUGGCCUACGUGACCACCCUGGCCAUAACUGCAGAUCGUUUCGACUGCGCCCCCGUGAUUUCUCACGGGUUGAAGGACGAGCUGAAGUUCAAGUGGCCCAACACCCGUACCAGGCCAUAUCGUGAUGAUGCCGGCCGGUUGACCGAUGUCGAGCAGACACUCCGCCAGAAGAUCCUCGCAUCGUGGCUCCUAAACAGGCCGGUGUUGCAAGCCUCGACAAAGGAGCUUAUUCUGCGAGGCUCGAGGAUCUGGUGCGCCUUCAAUGACGCCGAGGCCGAUGCGGACGCCGGAGCAUCCUGGUGGAAUCUGUCCGAUGGCUUAGAAUACGAACUGCAGUAUCGCAGAGAGUGCAUCCUAAACACCAUCGCCUCGGUGCAGAGACACUUCCUGGAUCUAUAUUCCUCCCGUGAACGACAGUGCAAGCUAGGAUACGACUCCAGCGCAGCAUGCGACUCGUUCCAGCUCGGGCAAAUGCUCAAGUUCCUCCUCUCCAAGAACCUCGCCUUCCUGGUCGACUUCAGCCCCUCCUCGCUCGACUCCCUCCCCGACGCCUCCAUGCUGGACAUUGAAGACCUCCUCUCCAUCCUCAAGCAGUGCCCCAACUACCAGAUCGACAAGCACCACACCAACUGCGGGCUGCGCAUCCGGAUCGAGCCCAUCAUCGACUACAUCCGCGCCAUGCUGUCGUCCGACGCCGUCUUCAUCUCCCCCUCGGACUGGUCGAGGAACAGGGCCGCCAUAUCCUGGGCAUCUGCCAAGGAGGCCGACGGCGACAGCCGGGCGGAGGAGAGGCCCGGUCGCGCUUUCGCGUUCACCAGGGCGUUGGCCAACGACCCGCGGCUGCGGUACGAGAAUACCAUGUACGCCGGUUCCAUGGCAAAGAAGCUUUUCUUGGCCGAGUCCUGGGAUUGGACGCCGGAGAUUUAA